AGGUUAAUGCAACUUGUAACCACUAUGUCAUGAUAAAGGUCAAUGCCGAUGUUAACAACAAAUUUCUUACUCUCGACGCAGUAAGGAUGGAUAACGAUGACUGGGUGUUUGGUUGUAAGGAGACACGAAUCUAUAAGAAUACUCGAGUUUGUGACGAGGGAGACAAUCUUUCAGGAGACUCAGCAAUUAUUCCCUCCAGAGGAAAACGUAAAUCUAUCCAGCUAGACAUGCACAAACUAAAGGAAAACCGCGGAUAUUCUCAUAUUGUAGUUCAUACCCCUGUACAUACAGAGGAUACUAAGGUUAGCAUUGAUCUGUAUGAUCCAAGAGAAAGACAGAAGACCUAUACAGUUCCGAAGUGGAUCACGUUUUGGCGCAGUUAUCCGAUCAUUGAGAAAACACUUCCUGGUGCAGUCUACUACAAUAUUAGUCUAGUGAGUAUUGACCACCCCUGGCAAGCCUAUGAUAUCCAUGUGAACCCUGUACAAUGUGCAUACGAGGACCCAACCAAGGUUCACUACGGUUUAGCUAGAUUCUACACUCCGUGGGCCAAUACUACUACACAGGUUUUGAUAGGGCAGGGAAUAAACUUUACCAACACAUUGACCGCUAAGCUGAUGUCAUCAAAAACCUCAGCAGUUCCCGCGGAUUUACACCCUCAGGUUCACUUGUAUCUUGACCCAGCCUGUUCGUACUCCGUACAUAUUCAGGCCUCGCUACCCCAGAUGAUGGGUCAACUUGUCCGCUACUAUGCUCCGCUUAUACUUCCAUUCUCCUCAUGUAUCCUCAUUCUAAUUCUAGCUUUCCAGAUGCGUAGGUUUGAGACAGAGAAGUAUUGUAAGUCAUCUCUCCUUAUUCUGAUGGCAUAUGUCAGGUGAAUACAGUGGU